GAAUAAAGAUUAGGAGAAUUGAAUGGAUCAAGACGAAAAAGAACAGUGAGUUUAGGAAUUCAAUGAAUUCCCUGAUUUACAAAUAUUUUGUUGGGUGUGUUAUGUGCAAAUUUUACACGAGGACAGUUUGCGAGAUUCGUAUAUUGCUGGAACAGUGAAUCGCCAUAAAGAAACGCUAGAUUUGUAACAGGACAAUCUGCCUAUAGUGGGACUAAUUAUACAGUUUUUUAGUCUAGGAAUUUUCAUUCGCCAGGUGUGGCAGCCUAAAGAUGUCGCACCACAGCGAUGAUAACAUGCUUAUCGCGACCAGCGAUUCCUUCUGGGAGCCGGGGAAUUACAAGAAGACCACCAAGAGGAUAGAAGACGGUUAUAAGCUGUGCGCGGAUCUCAUGACCCUGGCCAAUGAGAGGGCGGAGAUAGAAAAGAAUUAUGCCAAAGCUCUGAAAGCAUGGUCGAAGAAAUGGAACGACAUAAUCGAAAAGGGCCCCGAAUACGGCACGACGGAAGCGGCGUGGAAGGGCGUGCUGGGCGAGGCCGAGCGACGCUGCGAUCUCCAUUCCAAAGUCCGCGAUUGCGUGGUCAACGACGUCAUGAACAAGAUCAAACAAUGGCAAAAGGACACCUAUCACAAGUCUAUGAUGCAAAUCAAGGAGAAAAAAGAUAUGGACGAUGCAUUCAAGAAGGCCCAAAAGCCCUGGGCUAAACUGUUGCAAAAAGUGGAGAAAGCCAAGUCGGACUAUCACACAGCCUGCAAAACGGAGAAGUCUGCCGCGAAUCAAGAGAGAAACGCUGCCGGCGAUACGUCAUUUUCAGCGGACCAAAAGUCACAAAUGGUAAAGAAAAUGCAAGACAGAGUACAAAAAUCGAAGGAAGAAGUUCAGAAAUGCAAAGAAAAAUACCAAGUGGCUUUACAGGAGAUCAAUCAAUACAAUCCGAAAUACAUGGAAGAUAUGACUGUAGUAUUCGACAAGUGCCAAGAAAUGGAAGCGCAGCGGUUAAAUUUUAUCAAAGCGACGCUGUUCGACAUUCAUAAGUACCUCAACAUAUCUCAAGAUCCUCUGCUCAAUCAGAUCUAUGAAGAACUCUAUCACACGAUCAACAACGCCGAUUACGAAAAGGAUUUGAAAUGGUGGUCGAAUAAUCACGGCGUGAACAUGGCCAUGAACUGGCCCCAGUUUGAGGAUUACACGGAAGAAUUCAGGGACAUCCACAAGGGCAAGUCCAAGGAUUCGUCAACAACAGGAAUUACGCUGAUCAACCAGAGACCGGUCGGCGAAGAUUUGCAUGAAUAUUCCAACACCAAAACCAGCAGCAAAGGAAAAUUACCAGCCAGCAAGCCUAACAAUGCAUCUGCACCGGUGACGCAGGCGCAAGAAGUUAAGGUGCAACCUAAGCCGGUAGAGAGUCCUUCAAACAGAGCGUCAACGAUAACGAACGGUUCUACUGCUAAAGCAAACGAGUCCAAUCCGUUUGAAGAAGAAGAUUGGGAAAACGAUGCGUUAGUUGAUAACGGAGAGCCGGGAGUUCCUGUCAAAGCCUUGUACGACUAUGAAGGAGCAGAGAGCGACGAACUUAGUUUUAAAACAGGUGAUGUAUUUGAAAAGUUAGAGGAUGAAGAUGAACAGGGUUGGUGUAAAGGUAGAAAAGACGGAAGGGUAGGGUUGUAUCCAGCAAAUUAUGUGGAAUCAGUUGGACAAUAGAAUGAUACGUUGUUUUCCAGGCGACUGUUAAAGAAAGAAAAUAAACACUUAUUAAGAUUUCUUAUUUUCUCUAAUUUUGAAAAUACAUUGUUGAAUUUGUAAUUUUUGGUUUAUGUAUAGGUCAAAAUUUUAUUGUCAAAUAAAAAACGUCAUAUCGUUCUUCUAAAGCAAACGAUUGAUAUUUUAAAUGUAAGAAAUUUGAAAUUUAUUAUAUGUUUUGUUAUUUAUACUAUUAAUUUAUAUGGACAGGAAAUUGUUUUUUUGACAAUUUGAAUUUGCUUUAACUAUUAAAUGCAUUUGUUAGAUUUAUCAAUUUUUUUUGUUUUGCGAAAUUCAUUAUUAAAUAAUGGUAGCUUUAGACUAAAAUAUAUGAUUAUUAUUAAAGUAUAUAGAUAUAAUAUUGUUUUGUACAAAAUGUAAAGUUUAAUUUAUAAACGUUCAGUACCAUAUAGGCAAUACAUAAGACUACAGUAAGAUUAAUACAAAGAAGUAAAUUGAUAGAUAUAUAUAAAACAAUCGGUACAUAUUUACAUGGCCUCUACUAUGGUGGAUUGGUGUGUGAUAAGUGUUUUCUUUAUUUACAUGGCAGAAAUGUAGUGGAGUACUAAA